AGAUAAACAAAGCCCACAAUCCAGCAUCGACUGACCUUCAUCAGUCCGAGCUUCCACAUCGCAGGGACCGGUGUCUCGGAGCCCAGUCGCACUGUUCCCAAGACGGACUGUGGAUCCACCCUGUUCCACGGUUCGGCUACCAGCUUUUUGGGCGCUAUUGAGCAUCAUCGAAUGACACUGGCCAUGCUCGUCUGAUACGGGGGAACAUCGGGGGCCAUUCCAAGCCGGGCCUGGAGGUUUCCAGCGCCGCGAUCACAACUACGCUUGGGAUGAAAACUCAAAUCAUGCCAGCACAGGAACAGGAAAUCGGGCUUGCCACCGUUCAUUAGUCCCUCGAGCCCCGAGGCAAGGCGACGAUAUGGUCGUCGGGUUUUGUUCACCUUUGUUUCCUGAUCACAACCACAGUACAGAGAGUCAUCAUGGCUCGCCCUGAUGUUGGCCAGGUGGUCGCAUGGUAUGUUUGCACCAUCAUAGCCUGCGUAUUUCUCGUGGCCCGUUUGGUCAUUCGAUGGGGCCUGUUCAAACGAUUCUACGUGGACGACUUUCUUUUGACGCUGUCCGCCUUCUGUCUCAUCGCCGAUUUAGCGAUCCAGCACUACAUGUUUAAUCUUGGCAUGUCCGACAUGAGCAACUCGACCAAGGAUGAAACAGUCGCCAUGAUGAAGAUGAUCGUCCCGGGCUCCACUCUUUAUGUGACCUCGCUUUGGCUGAUCAAAGCGGGCAUGGUCCUCUUCUACAAACGCCUGGCCGAUCGGACAAGAUACCAGAUGGUCUACAACAUCACGCUGGUCUUCCUGGGUGCUACGUGGCUGGCCAUCUUUCUCAACAUCAUCUUCAAGUGCUUUCCACCCAACCGUCUGUGGGAUCUGGACCAUCCCGAGAGAGCCUGCUCCGAUAAGCAGACACGAAUUAAUUAUUGGCUCACCAUUUUGUUCAACAUCUUCAGUGAUGUGUUCAUCAUCUGUCUCCCGAUUUCUCAGGUUUUGAAGUUGAAGCUCCCGAAGAAGCAAAAGAUUGGGGUCCUUAGUAUCUUCAUGCUUGGCUUUUUGGUGGUGAUCACGAGCAUCAUUCGCGCCAUCUACUCCUACCGCAACGAGCAAAUGAUUACCUGCACCGUCUCGAUGAUCGAAACCGCCAUCGCCAUCAUCGCCUCCUGUCUUCCCGUUAUGCGCACACUUUUUUUCGGAUCGAGGUCCCGAACGGGGACCUACAGCGGUCGACGGGGAUAUGAGCUGUCCAGCUCGGGACAUAUCGGCGCGGGAACCAAGCAAAAGGCGACCGUCUCGGCCUCUAACGUGGGGAGUCGCAGUAAAACGCAACUUUCGCGGCACGACUCGGAGGACGAGCUGGUGAGAGAGGGCGCGUCGCCGGCGGUGGAUGCGCCGCACUCCGGCAUCUCGGUGACGCGGGAAUAUUUCAUCCAUGAGGGGGCACGAGAUAGUCAGAGCAUGCGUUGAAUCUAGAUUUGUGUCCUCAUUAGUCACGUCUGGGAGUGUCCUCACAAAUUAAACAGGCUCGAGCAGAAGGCGAUGGGAUCCGACCGUGUCCAUGAGCACGACAUUCGCGAGUUGAGGAAGGCUGCCGACGAGGCUGCUGUAUGCAAGGGAUGGAACAGCCACCAACCUCUGCGAGAAUGCUUUCCCGUCUGAGUUUUCUUUUUCUCAGACAAAAGUCAUCGUCCAACGUAGUUUGUCGAUGUCCGCUGUGCCCGCCAUCGUACAUAGUAUGACAGCCGGUCGGAGUAAGCCCUCGGCCAUGAGACUGGGAGACCCGUCGCAAGAAGUGAGAUCUGCGGCGCAUAGUCUCGGGGGGGUCUCAACGGCAAUCUUUUGUGUACCGAUUGCCGAAGACUCAUUUAUUAUCU